UCAGGAUCGCGAUCGCAACAGAAAGAUUCCACCGGUGGUUAUGUUUGGCACAAAAAUUUAGGGCCUCGAAACUUAUCCGCUCACUGGACUCGGUAUUAACCACACAAGAAACUGACUAUAUUACGUCUCUUUUCGGGGUUCACCGUUUCUGAUUCUUCGUUCCUUCGAUCUUACUGGAAAUUAGAGAGAAAGAGAAAGCAUAGCUCUGAACAAACAAGCUUGCUCGUACUCGUCGAUCACCUUUUUCUGGUUCUCUGCGUCUCACCAUGGUAUCAUCUUCUCUAUCCGUUUCGCCGCCGCCUCAAACCGAUUACCUCCAAAACCUGUUAGACUCAGCUCGUCCUUUCCUCCGCGAUGAGUUCCACAAAAUUGAUCCCAACUUACCAUCGCUUAUCGCCGUCCUUCGCUCGGUCGGCGCCGGCGAGUGCUGGCACAAGCACGGCACCUUCCUCCAACACCUCAUUGACAUCUUCCGCAUCCUCCAUCUCUGGAAAGCCCCAUAUUCGGUCUGCCUGUGUGGCCUCUUCCACUCUGCGUACUCCAAUUCCUACGUCAACCUCGCCAUCUUUGAUCCUUCCACCGGCCGUGACACCGUUCGCUCUCACGUCGGAGAUGAGGCCGAGCGUUUGAUUCACUUGUUUUGCGUGGUCCCAAGGCAGCCACUUAUCCACGAAGAUCUGUUGUUCCGCUACUCCGAUUCUGAACUCGUCGAACACCUGCAGUUCUCCGAAUUAUCGAUCCGGAGUGCAAAGGAGAAAGGGCUUUUCAACGGCGAAGAAGUCUGGAGAAAGAAACUGCAGAGUCUGCUUCCUGCUGAUGGCAUAAAAGUGAAGCACAUUCGCACUGGACAAGAUGUCCAUGUUUCUAGAAGGAUCGUUGCAAUCUUCCUGUUGAUGACCAUCGCCGAUUUCAGCGAUCAACUGUUCGGUUUUCAGGACACGUUGUUCGACAACUCCGACGGCCGCCUCGAGUUCUCCGGCAACAACUUCCAGACUCUUUGGCCGGGGGAUGGGAAGCCAGGACUAUGGUUGAAUUCAAUCUCGAGGAUGGCAGCUUUGUACAGUUUGAUAGCGAGAGAGGAGGAGAUCUUCCUAGAAGAGAAGAAAAGAAAGAAUGGUAAUACCAAUAUUGACCGGGGUAGAGAUGAACAUAUCGAGUUGGUGGUUCCGCCUGUGUUUGAAAAUUGCACAAGAGUUUUAGAUGCGAAAGACCAAAUAGAUGCAAGGGAUUUGUAUUGUGAAGCUGUGUGUGGUAAUAAAGUGGCUAGUCACAAAACUGAGGAGCUUUUGAAAGGAUGUAUUGAGAAGAAUCCGUAUGCGGGAGAGCCAUAUGUAUUGUUGGGUCAAGUUUAUUUGAGCAAAGGGAGAUUUGAGGAGGCAGAGAGAAGAGAAGCAGAGAGAGGAUUGACUCUGUUGCUGGAAUGGGGAAGUCCAUGGGACAAGAGGAAUUCCUGGGAAGGAUGGAUUGCUUGGGCUAGAGUUUUGUUGAUGAAAGCCAAGGAAAAGUCUUGGCCUAAUACUUCUUGGGGCAUCCUCAAUUUGGGUCUUGUGAAGUAAUAUCCAUCAAGCUCAAUCUGCCAGCUCUCCAUAGCUGAGCAGCUUUGUUGGGUUCUGUUAUUAUGUGUUUAAUUUAUAAAUAUGCCUGUGAUUUUUAUUUUGUAUGUCCCUCAAUCAGACCCUUAUUUAUUGAGAAUUUUCUUUGAGUAGUGAUAUAUGUGAGUGUGUUUGGUUUACCUUGCGUAUCAAAAGAGUGGGCUUGUACUAAAAAGGUGUUUGAAACUUUCAUAUAAGUUGGGAUAAAACUUUUCUCAUAUAUUUAA